UAAAAUCUAAUUUGUUGGAAUUCAGAUAUUACGCAAGAUACCUUGCUGCCUAGCAUACGUAGACUUCAUUUCUCAGUAUUUCAAAAGUAUAUAAAUGAAAAACUAGGAGGCAUUGUUUAACAGAAGAGUACAUACGAUAUAGGAGUUACCGCAAAACUGAUUUGAGAAAGUGAACAAUGUACAGAUAUUUUAGCUUGCCACAGGACUUUAUCAGUCGCUGAAUACUUGGUUGAGUCUUGUGGCAAUAUUUGAACAACUGUUCCAUUGAGAAUGGAGAGAAGUCCAUGUACGUAAGCAAGUGCAAUCUUAAUUUUUUCAAGGAAUCGACAAGAAAAAAAAUCACGAGAUAUGGCUGGGAAAUCGGCGAUACAACUGGCGAUAUUCUCGGGUUUUUUGGGCUCUGGCAGUAGCGUCUUGGCUAAACUCGCUGGAUUUUACGGGAUACACGAAUGGUGGAGUCUGUUGUGGAAGCUGUGGCUGCUCGGCCUGAUGCUGCUGGUUAACACGCUCAGCCUGACGCUGUUCUCGCGAGCGCUGGCCAGGUCGGCCUCCUCGCUCGCAGCCGUCGCCGGCGCAGCGGCCGUCAACUACCUGUGCUCGACUGUCGUUGGAUGGUUGGUCUUCGACGAGCCAGCGUCGCUGCUGAGGUGUACCGGGAUCAUGGUGGUUCUAGUGGGACUCGUUGUCAUGCUGAAGGCUAACAGCGACACAGCGGAAGCAAAGUCAAGUGAACGUAAGAGGAAGGACUAGCCGUUGCCGAGAAACUACCUCGCGAUUUUUCGCAAGACUAAUUUAUAAGGUGAAUUGUAAAUAAAAGCGCAAUAGCAAAAUCCACCAGCCACUCGAGUCAAAAAUUCCAAUAGUCCUGCGAAAGACAAGGUUGAUCCUCGAUUCUGCGAGCAGACGCAGCAGUCUUCGCGAAUGAAAGAAUUAUCAUCAAGCCACGACGAAGGAAUCUUCGUCGAGCUAUUAUUUUUGAGGCGUGCGUAUGCACGUGUGCGUGGACCGGAACCGAGGACGCACUCUUCGUUUUUUGCACUGCUCACCGAAUCAAAGUCAUUAGAGCGAUGCCGACGAAGGAUCUUUGCUUCGUAACCGUUGCCUGUACUUAUUCUCAUUUUGCACAAUCAAUGGCUUUGAGUUGCAUCUUUCCGUUACAUCGCAAAGUUUCAUUGCUGUACGAAAGCUCCAAGAGCCGACUCGAUAUUAUGCUUAAUU